AUGGUUAAGCCAACGUCUCCAACCCAUCCCAUUCCCAACCCCACCCAGCCAACGUCUCCAAACCCACCCACCCAUCCCCCAACCCAGCCAACGUUCUCCAAUCCCACGUCCCCAACCUCACCCACCAGCCAACGUCCCCAACCCCACCCACCCACGCCAACGUCCCCAACCCCAGCCAACUGUCCCCCAUACCUCCACCCAGCCAACGUCUCCAACCCCACCCAGCCAACCUCUCCAACCCCACCCAGCAACGUCUCCAAACCCCACCCAGCCAACGUCUCCAACCCCACCCAGCCAACGUCUCCAAACCCACCCAGCCAAUGCCCCAACCCAGCCAACGUCCCCAACCCAGCCAACGUCCCAACCACCAACGUCCCCAACCCAGCCAACGUCCCCACCCAUCCCACGUCCCCGACCCCACCCAUCCACGUCCCCGACCCCACCCAUCCCACGUCUCCAUCCCCAACCCCCCAUCCCAGUCCCAACCCCACCCAACCCCACCCAGCCAACGUCCCCAACCCCACACACCCACCAGCCAAACCCCAACCCACCACCCAGCCAACGUCCCCAAACCCCACACACCCAGCAACGUCCCCAACCCCACACACCCACCCAGCCAACGUCCCCAACCCCAACACACCACCCAGCCAACGUCCCCAACCCACACCACGUCCCAACCCCAACCCCACACACCCACCCAGCAACGUCCCAACCCACACCACCCACCACAACGUCCCAACCCCACACCCACCACCAGCCAACGUCCCCAACCCCACACACCCACCCAGCCAACCCAACGUCCCCAACCCCACCCCAACGUCCCCCAACCCCACCCACGUCCCACCCCAUCCCCCGUCUCCAACCCCACCCAUCCCCCGUCUCCAACCCCACCCAUCCCCGUCUCCAACCCCACCCAUCCCCCGUCUCCACCCCACCCUCCCAACCCACCCAUCCCACGUCUCCAACGCCACCCAUCCACGUCCCCAACGUCCCCCACCCACCCCACGUCUCCAACGUCUCCAACCCCACCCAGCCAACUUCUCCAACCCCACCCAUCCAACCCCACGUCUCCAACCCCACCAUCCCCCAACCCCACCCACCCCACGUCUCCAACCCCACCCAUCCCCCAACCCCACCAGCCAACGUCUCCAACCCCACCCAUCCAACCAACGUGCCCAACCCCAGCCAACGUCCCCAACCCCACCCACCCAGCCAACGUCUCCAACCCCACCCAUCCCAUCCCCCAACCCCACCCAGCCAACGUUCUCCAACCCCACCCAUCCAACGUUCUCCAUGGCCCACCCAUCCAACGUCUCCAUCCCCACCCAGCCAACGUCUCAACCCCACCCAUCCCAACCCCACCCAGCCACGUCCCCAACCCCACCAGCCCACGUCCCCAACCCACCCGCCCACGUUCCCAACCCCACCCAGCCCACGUGUCCAACCCCCACCCAGCCCACGUUCCAACCCACCCAGCCCACGUGUCCAACCCCACCCAGCCCCACGUCCCCAAUCCCACCCAGCCCACGUCCAAUCCCACCAGCCAACGUCUCCACCCAUCCCAACCCCACCCAGCCAAACGUCUCCAACCCCACCCACCCAUCCCAUCCCAUCCCCAACCCCACCCAGCCAACGUCUCCAUCCCCCAACCCAGCCAACGUCCCCAACCGCAGCAGCCCACGUCUCCCAUCCCCCAACCGCAGCCAGCCCACGUCUCCCAUCCCCCAACCCAGCCAACGUCCCCAACCGCAGCCAGCCCCACGUCCCCAACCCAGCCAGCCCACGUCCCCAACCCCAGCCAGCCCACGUCCCCAACCUCACCAAGCCCACGUCCCCAACCUCACCCAUCCAACGUCCCAGCACCACCCAGCCAACGUCCCCAACCCCACCUCCAUCCCCCAGUCCCCACCCAGCCAACGUCCCCAGCCCCACCCAGCCAACGUCCCCAAGGUCUCCUGCAGGGAUGGGGUAUAA